AUGAAGCAUCGGAAAUCAGAACUGAUUACACACGUCGAUUGUUUGUCUAGAGCACCAGCAAAAGACUCGUCGAAUAGAUUCACAUAUUUUCUAGAUGAGGAAGUGAAUGCAAUACAAAUAGAAACAGUAAAUACAAUAUCCACCAACAUAGUUACGGCAAUAUCUAUUGCAAAAGAAACCGGAAAUGACCCGGAGCUAGCUGAAUUGAGAACGAAAUUGAUAAAUGGUAAAAUUCAAGAUCCGGAAUACACCAUACAAAGUGAUAUUGUAUUGAAGGGCCAAAGGGUAAUGAUUCCAAAGUCCCUGCGUGGCGAAAUCCUAAAAGAGUUGCACUACACACAUUUGGGAAUCGUGAAAAUUAAACAAAUGGCUCGGCGAUAUUGCUACUGGAAAGGCAUCGAUGCAGAUAUAGAAAGCUUAGUAAAAUCGUGCCAUGACUGCGCGAUGGUCCGAAAGGAUCCAGCACAAAUAACCACUCAUGGUUGGGAACAGCCGCAAGAAAAUUUUGAAAGGGUUCACAUGGACUAUGCGGGUCCAUUUCAAAAUCAUUUUUUCUUCGUUCUCAUCGACGCAAAAUCAAAAUGGCCGGAUAUAAGGGUAAUCAAGAAUGCACCCACGUCCGAGAGCACGAUCGAGUUAUUAGAAGAUAUGUUUUCAACACAUGGACUGCCACAAGUGCUAGUCUCCGACAACGCUACAAUUUUUCAAAGCAAAUCGUUCAGAUUAUUCUGCCAAAGUAACGGCAUCGUUCAAAAAUUUAUCGCACCAGGACACCCAGCUACGAACGGUCUAGCGGAAAGACACAUCCAAACGCUGAAGAACAAACUCGAAGCAAUGCAGCACGUUAACAUACCAAUGCGCAAGAGGGUCCAAGAAAUUGUAAACCGUUAUCGAAUCACACCUUUAGAAAAUAACAAAACUCCCGCGGAAAUUUACCUGGGGCGGAAAACUCGAACCAGGUUAGAUGCUAUUAAACCCGUACACUACGGCGAAGCAACGUCGUCACCUAUGGUUUCAGACCGAGCCCGAAAAUUUAGCGUGGGAGACCGGGUGCAAGUAAGAUGGUUUCACAAAAAUAAAGCAACAUGGAAAUUCGGCGUAGUUACAGAAAAGUUCGGGAAGUUACAUUAUCAAGUUGAAUUAGAUAAUGGCUAUACCCUCAAGAGACACAUAAACCAACUUUAUAAAUCAAGCGUAACUAACGUCGAGGAUCGCAAAGAAACUACGGUAAUAGAGAGAAAACAGAAACUACCAAACGAGAUAAUCAUCGAGCGUCGAGUAGCUCCGCACAUAGCUCCACAGCAACAAGCCGAAAGACAGGAGGUGGUACAUCCACAACAGGACGCCGAACGACAACCCGAGCCCGUAAGACGAUCAGGAAGGGCACGUAAACCGCCAGUCCGACUUCAAGACCAUGAACUUUAUUAG